GAACACGUGAUUUCAAACGGUUCAGCGCUGCAAAUUACCUAAUUACCCUGGUCCAUGAUAACCUUAAUGGUGGACCGGGUCCAUGCAAGCGGAAUUGAAUCUCUAAUCGUUCCUCUCCCGUCUAUUUCUGUUUCUAUCUCCCUCUUCCGGUUCAACUUGCCGCUACCGCGCUGCUCAGUCACUCAGUGCAAACAACAGCCGCCGUUGUCUCCCAUAUUUUAGUUUUGUAUGCUGGAGAAACACCGGCCACCCAAACUGGCUCACUACCUCUUAAUAUAUGCUAGAUGAAUUGGAUGUCUGUUCAAGAUUGUGAUUUUUGAAUAGCUAGUAGUGAAUGCACGUGACUGAACUCUUAUUCUGAAGAGAGACUUGAUGGGUCCAAGAUGGAAGGGGAAGGGUGCUGAAGCAAAAGCCCUUGCAGAACCAAUGUCAGAAAUUGUAUUAGCACUUCAAACAUGCCUAACCACAUCAGAUUGCAAGGGGUUGUUAUUUGGAAGCAGGGUUUUGUUUAAAGCAGAUACAGAACAAUCUGAGCUUCUGAACCGUGCAUGUUUUGGCCGAGCCAGUCAGAAGGAUAAACAUUGGUAUGAACUUACUUUACAAGAGGCUUUCUAUUUGUGCUAUAUGUUGAAAUGUUUGAAGAUUGAGGGAGGCGAUGGCGUUGUGAAAACUUAUGAAGAGUUGUGGCGCUUGAUAAUUUCAGAAAUUGAAAUGUUUCCCGAGUUUUUCAAAGCAUACACUCAUCUAAGAAUGAAUAACUGGGUUGUGAAGUCAGGAUCUCAAUAUGGAGUUGAUUAUGUUGCUUAUCGCCACCAUCCAGCCUUGGUCCAUUCAGAAUAUGCAAUUCUUGUACUAUCAGGAAGAAAAGAUAGUGGUAAUUCUAGUGGACGGCUAAAGUUAUGGUCUGAUUUGUAUGGUACAAUUCGGCUUUGUGGUGGCGUUGCUAAGACAUUGCUAGUUUUACAUGUUUUGGGCAAUAAUAACACUAACGACACUAAUUCUCCGGUAUGCUUGAAGAAUUACGAUAUAGAAACACGAACGAUCUCUAGAUGGAUUCCAGAGCAAACUCGUGAAAAGAAAACAUAUACUAAAUCUUGUAAUGAUACAAAGACUCAGUAGUUGAGCUCGCGUGUUUUUAUUGAUACUUAUUUUUGUCACAAUCCAGGUACACAGACAGAGUUUGGAUGAAUUAAUUUACACAAUUUUUCUGUGACCUGACCUCACUAAUCCAAGAAUUGUGUUCUUCA